AUAUAUAUCUAUAAUUAAAAAAUUGUGCAAUGUCGAGUUCGAAAAUACUUUAAUGAAAUUACCUAUAAAUACCGGGAAUAAAAAAAGAUAUAUUGUUUAAUUUUGACGACAAUGAUGUUAACACAUUAUUUAAUUCUCGUUUUAUUCUUAUCGGGAAGUUUUGCACAAUACGAUCCUCAUUUUUCAAACCAACAUAAUGUGAUUGUACAACUAUUUGAGUGGACUUGGAAAGAUAUUGCUGAAGAAUGUGAGAGGUUUUUACAACACCACGGAUAUGGUGGUGUACAGAUUUCUCCUCCGAAUGAGAACUUAAUACUAACAAACAGACCAUGGUAUGAAAGGUAUCAACCGGUGAGUUACGCUCUUAAGACCAGAUCUGGAAACGAAGAAAAUUUUAAAAACAUGACAAGACGCUGUAACAAUGUGGGCGUACGAAUAUAUGCAGAUACUGUUAUUAAUCACAUGUCAGCAUCUGAUGGGGUUGGUACUGGAGGAAAUUCAGCUAAUAAUGGAUAUUAUCCUUCCGUACCAUAUGGACCGGGUGACUUUCACGAUACUUGUGCAAUUAAUAACUAUAAUGAUCUAAACAAUGUCAGAAAUUGCCAACUUGUUGGUUUAAGAGAUUUAAAUCAUCAAAAAAAACAUGUUAGUGAUAAAAUCGUAGAAUAUAUGAAUCAUCUAAUUGACUUAGGAGUAGCUGGGUUUAGAGUUGAUGCUGCAAAACAUAUGUGGCCAGCAGACCUGAAACAAAUUAUGCUCAGAAUAAAGGAUUUAAAUACGGAAUUUGGCUUUAAACCGCAUAGUAGACCAUUCAUUUAUUUGGAAGUCAUUGACACAGGUACCGAACCAACGAAAGCUAGCGACUACAAACAUAUAGCCACCGUAAUGGAAUUUAAAUUUAGCAAAAAAAUUUCAAACAUGUUUAACGGAAACGACAAAUUGACUUACCUUUCAAACUGGGGAACCUCGUGGGGUUUUCUAGACAGCAACUUUGCAGUCGUUUUCGUAGAUAAUCAUGAUCUUCAAAGAGAAGACAACCAUUUGCACUACAAAGAUAGCAAGAGGUACAAGAUGGCGAACGCUUUUAUGUUAGCACAUCCGUAUGGUAUUGCUAAAGUCAUGUCUAGUUUUCAUUUCAAUAGUCAUGGUCAAGGACCUCCUAUGGAUAGCAAUGAAAACCUAUUAUCACCAAAAAUCAAUCCUGAUAAUACUUGUGGUAACGGAUACGUUUGUGAACACAGAUGGAGACAAAUUUAUAACAUGGUAAAAUUCAGAAACAUCGUUGGUGAUGCUCCACUAACCAACUGGUGGUCAAAUGGUGAUCAACAGAUUUCUUUUUGUAGAGGGAACAAAGGUUUCGUGGCCUUUACGCAGUGGUUGGACCUAAAAGCCAAACUACAGACCUGUUUGCCACCAGGACAGUACUGUGAUAUUAUUUCUGGUGAUUUAAAAAAUAACAAAUGUACCGGAAAAACUAUUACUGUAAAGAAAGACGGCAAAGCAUCAAUUUCUAUUUUGUCCUCUGAUGAAGACGGCGUGAUAGCUUUACUGAAAAAUGUUAAAGUAGUUUAAUAGUAAUAUUAUAUUAAAAUGAUUUUAUU